CCCAUCUUAGGUUGAGAUGGAAGGCUCAAAGGGCUCAGGUGGUCCAAAUGAGCUAAGAGACACCUACAAUGCUGCAUAUCUAAUCCAUUUCUUGCUCGGGGCUGGGAAUUUGCUUCCAUGGAACGCUUUAAUCACUGCUGUUGAUUACUUUGGGUACCUUUAUCCCAACAAGCAUGUUGAUAAGGCGUUCCCAGUGGCGUACAUGGGUUCAUCCCUUCUAGUUCUGGUUCUUUUGAUGUGUUGCAGUAGCUGGAACAAGCUGCCCCGUUUCAGAACGAGGAUGAACUUGGGAUUUUCCUUGUUCAUACUUGCAUUGAUGACUGCACCAAUUAUGGAUUGGAUUGGUCAUAAAAACGAGCCAGGAGCAAACCUCAAUGGAGCUUAUGGUAUUAUCAUUUUAGCAGUGACAAUUUGUGGUUUGGCAGAUGGAUUGAUAGGAGGAAGCUUGAUAGGAGCAGCAGGGGAGCUACCAGGACGGUACAUGCAGGCUGUUUUUGCAGGAACGGCGUCUUCAGGGGUUCUAGUUUGCAUCUUGAGAAUCAUAACAAAGGCGUCCCUUCCUCAGACCCCAAAAGGUCUCCAGACGAGCGCACACUUCUAUUUUAUCAUCAGCACCUUUAUUGUGUUCGUAUGUAUUAUCUGCUGCAACAUCUUGGACAAGUUGCCAGUCAUUCAAAAUUACCAGCAAAGGAGAACCAUGGCCAGAAAAACCCAAGCCUCCAACUUCUUGGGUGGUAUAAGGAUUUCGAUGAGCAGGGCCUAUGACGCAACUGAAUCCAAUGGACAUCCCAGGUUCUGGAAUGUGUUUAUUAGAAUUCGAUGGGCAGCACUAGGGAUUCUUGUGAUUUACGCUGUAACUCUGUCAAUCUUCCCAGGAUACUUAGCUGAAAAUGUGGAAUCAAAGCUUCUUCAAGAUUGGUACCCAAUCUUGCUGAUAACAACUUACAAUGUUUCAGAUUUGUUGGGGAAGUCUAUGGCUGCCAUAUAUGUUUUGAGGAGUAUUGGCAAGGUCACAUGGGGCUGCAUAGCCAGGCUUUUAUUCUAUCCACUCUUUGCAGCUUGCCUCCAUGGACCCAAGUGGUUGAGAAGUGAGUUCCCAGUGAUACUUUUGACUGGCAUGCUCGGGUUGACAAAUGGUUAUCUGACUAGCGUCCUCAUGAUCCUUGCUCCUAAAUCAGUACCGGAUGAGGAAGCAGAAACUGCUGGCUUUGUGAUGGCUCUGUUCUUGGCAAUUGGGUUAGCCACAGGUUCAGUUAUAGGUUGGUUCUGGAUCAUCUGAACUAGCAAGCUUUCUGGUAUGGUGUCCACAACUUUUCAAGCUCAAAACCUGAGAACAUAUCAAACAUCUCUCUGUGGAAACCAGAUCAAACUGGUCACAUAAGCACCUGUAAUAAGAAUAGAGGAGCUUCCAAGCUGAACUUUCUUACUUUCCA